CACGACUACUACACACGCACACGGUCACAGAGACAGAGAGAGAGAGAGAGAGAGAGAGAGAGAGAUCCAACUUUGGCUUCUCCGUGGAGAAGAUCAAACAGUACCAGGUAAGGAGUAAUAAGAUAGUGGGAAUGAUGAUGAGGAAGCAAACAUCACAUUGGUGGUGGCUUGACAGCCACAACAAGUCAAAGCGCUCUCCAUGGCUUCAAUCCACUCUUGCUGAGCUAGAGGAGAAGACAAAGGCCAUGCUAAAAUUGAUUGAAGAAGAUGCAGAUUCCUUUGCUAAGCGUGCAGAGAUGUAUUACAAGAAACGACCAGAGCUAAUUAGCAUGGUUGAAGAGUUUUAUCGUACUCACCGCUCAUUAGCUGAGCGAUAUGAUCAACUUAAGUCCGACUCUGGAACACGCCUCCUCACAACCUUGGCGUCCCCAUUUUCUUCGUCUAAAUCUAAACCAGAAAAGUUAAUGAGUGUGGUGGAUCAAACAUAUGACAGCUACUCGGAGACUUGUGACACUGAAGAGUUAGCUGAGUCUGAAGUUGAUGAUCCUGAAGAGGAAGAUGAACCUCUAGUUGAUGAUCAAGAAAUGAAAGAGGAGGAAAUUCCAAGUGGGGUCUGCAAUGAUGAAGUGAGGAAGUUGAAAGAAGAAAUAGAGAGGCUUAAAGAAGAGAAUAGAAUUCAAAAGGAUCAACUAAUGCAGAAAGAUGAAGAGAAGAGAGAGGUGAUAAGGCAGUUGAGUUUGGCAGUGGAUAUGCUCAAGGACGAAAAUGUGAAGCUGAGGAAGCGUGUGGCUAGAGACUCCAACAACAAGAAACGUACCCCUUUAGAGUUCAACAAAUUGAAGGGAGCAUUUCUAGGGAAGUUAUUCAAUGGGUUUUCCAAGAAUACAGUUGUUGCUUUGUAGAUGUGGUUAUGUGUUGUAGUAAGUUUUUUUAUUUUUAUUUUUUGGGGUGGGGGAGAAAUGUUGUAGUAAGUAGUGAAGUCUGUUCUACCAAAAAAAGAAAACAGUAAUGUAGUAUGUAAUGCAAUCUAUAUAGAUGUAUAUUGGGGAGAUUCCCCUUCCAACUCAAAUUAGAAAGUUAAUCUAAUGCAUCCUUUUAAAGUA